GUUGGUUCAUUGUUCUUGUAACGGUUUUUCGAAUCUGAGACUGAGACUGAGAAGACAUUCAUCCAUCAGAAGUUGCCAUGACCACCUUGGUGACAUCUCCACCUCGGAUGCAACUCAAUGUCCGUUUCUCCCCCUUUUUAGUGUCCGGCCAGAGGUUAUUCUCACAUGGAUCUCUGUCUCUGCAAACACCCCACAAGGCAUGGAGACAUUCUAUGUUUCUCAAGUCCAAACCUGUCGUCAAAGAUGGGGUUCUCAGUUUCAAUGGAACCAAUGCGCUGACAGGAAUACCAGAUAAUGUUGUCAUGACACCAUGGUCAAACUCUUCGCUAUUCCUCGGUGCCACUUCCGCCCACAGCAGUUCCCGGCAAGUUUUCAAGCUUGGUCUUAUACAGGAUGCCAGAUUGUUGUGCUUAUUUAGAUUUAAAAUUUGGUGGAUGAUACCUCGUGUGGGAAAUUCAGCAAGUGACAUCCCCAUUGAAACUCAGAUGUUGCUGCUGGAAGCAAAGGAAGAUUCAAGUUCUAAUGACUCUAAAGGAUCUCCAUCCUAUGUCAUUUUCUUGCCUACGUUAGACGGUGAAUUUAGAAGCAGUUUGCAGGGAAACUCAGCUGAUGAGCUAGAAGUUUGUAUUGAAAGUGGUGACCCGGCUGUAAUUGCAUCAGAGUCUCUAAAAGCAGUUUUUGUGAAUUAUGGAAACAACCCAUUUGAUCUGAUGAAGGAAUCUAUGAAGAUCAUGGAGAAGCAUAUUGGAACAUUUUCAGUCCGCGAAAGCAAACAGAUGCCUGGAAUGCUAGAUUGGUUUGGUUGGUGCACCUGGGAUGCUUUCUAUACAGAAGUUAAUCCUAAAGGAAUCAAAGAUGGUCUAAAAUGCUUGUUAGAAGGAGGCACUCCAGCAAGGUUUUUGAUAAUUGAUGAUGGGUGGCAAGAUACAACUAAUGAGUUCCAGAAUGAAGGAGAGCCUUUUGUGGAGGGGUCACAGUUUGGUGCCAGACUCGUCAGCAUUGAGGAAAAUAGCAAGUUCAGGAAGACAGGAGAUGAGGCUUCAAGUGAGGCACCCAGUGAUCUUAAGGAAUUUAUUUCAGAUAUAAAGAGUACUUUUGGACUUAAGUAUGUCUAUGUAUGGCAUGCACUCAUGGGAUACUGGGGGGGACUUCAUCCAAAUGCUACAGGAACUGAAAAGUACAAUCCAAAACUAAAAUUCCCCGUACAGUCACCGGGGAAUCUUGCACAUAAGAGGGAUAUAUCUAUGGACUCCAUGGAAAAGUACGGUGUUGGCACAAUAGAUCCUGCCAAAGUAUCUGAAUUUUAUGAUGAUCUGCACAGGUACCUUGUAUCACAGGAAGUGGAUGGGGUGAAGGUUGAUGUACAGAACAUACUGGAAACUAUAGCGAUUGGUUUGGGAGGCCGGGUAUCACUUACAAGACAUUUCCAACAAGCUCUUGAAAAGUCUAUUGGCACACAUUUCCAAGAUAAUAGCAUAAUCUGCUGCAUGGGUCAGAGCACGGAUUCCAUCUACAACUCAAAAAGAAGUGCUAUCACACGUGUGUCCGAUGAUUACUAUCCAGGAAACCCAACAACACAGACAGUGCAUGUGGCGGCUGUGGCUUAUAACAGCAUAUUCUUUGGUGAAGUUGUCGUCCCAGAUUGGGACAUGUUCUAUGUAUGACAUGGUCCUCUAAUUUUAUGCUUACUAACUGCUUAAUAAUUCUACUAUGUAAUU